ACGUCUCAAAAACAACACUUCGCCAUUUCAGGCUGAAGGGGGCCGCUUGCUUGCCUGAGACACCAGUUACGGAUUUAGGUCAACCCCAUCCGAGGCGACUCCGUGGCCGCGGAACUUCAUUUGAAAACACCCCUGACUUGCGUGUGUGUUUUUUGUCACUUAACACUUGCCAACUGUUCUCCGAUGCGUAUUUUUUUGCUGGGCCGAAUGGUCUUUUCAAGCGUGGGCCCGGGCUGAGGUGUCAACUCGGUUGUCGGAUUUUGCUGCUAGCACGCUAGCUGAGUGUAAACAAGAUGAAGCGGAUGAAAGGCGCCAAGGAGGACAGCAAUGGCUCCCCAAACAAGAGCCCGCCCGAGGCUCGUAAGAAGAUCCGUAAGCAGUCAAUGGCGGCAUCAGAGACUGGCACCUUGCCGGACUCUAACUGGGCUCGCCUACCCCAGGAGCUCCUCCUCCACAUUUUCCAGUAUCUGCCACUGCUGGACCGUGCCUAUGCCUCUCAGGUGUGCCGUGGGUGGAACCAGGCCUUCCACAUGCCUGAACUGUGGAGAUGCUUUGAGUUUGAGCUCAACCAGCCCGCAAGCUCCUACCUGAAGGCAACGCAUCCAGACCUCAUCAAGCAGAUCAUCAAAAGGCACUCCAACCAUCUGCAGUAUGUCAGCUUCAAGGUGGACAGCAGCACCGAGUCUGCUGAGGCAGCCUGUGACAUUCUUUCCCAGUUGGUCAACUGCUCAUUGAAGACCUUGGGGCUCAUCUCGACAGCCAGGCCCAGUUUUAUGGAAGUCCCAAAGUCUCACUUCAUCUCCGCCCUGACGGUGGUCUUUGUCAACUCCAAGUCGCUGUCGUCACUGAAGAUUGACGACACGCCAGUGGACGACCCCUCCCUCAAGGUGCUGGUGGCCAACAACAGCGACACGCUCAAACUGCUCAAGAUGAGCAGCUGCCCUCACGUUUCGCCAGCGGGUAUUCUGUGCGUGGCGGAUCAGUGUCAUGGCCUGAGAGAGCUGGCGUUGAACUACCACCUCUUGAGCGAUGAGCUCCUGCUCGCCCUGUCCUCGGAGAAACACGUCCACCUGGAGCACCUACGUAUUGAUGUGGUGAGCGAGAACCCGGGCCAGCACUUCCACACCAUCAAGAAGAGCAGUUGGGACGCCAUGGUGCGCCACUCGCCCAAGUUCAACCUGGUCAUGUACUUCUUCCUCUACGAGGACGAGUUUGGGCCAUUCUUCAACGAGGAGAUCCCCGUCACACAUCUCUACUUCGGCCGCUCCGUCAGCAAAGAGGUGCUAGGCCGCGUGGGACUCCACUGCCCCCGUUUGGUGGAGCUGGUGGUGUGUGCCAAUGGCCUGCGCCCCUUGGAUGAGGAGCUCAUCCGCAUCGCUAAGCACUGCACCCAGCUGUCAGCUAUCGGCCUGGGCGAGUGCGAGGUCUCCUGCAGCGCCUUUGUGGAAUUUGUCAAGAUGUGCGGCCGCCGCCUCUCUCAGCUUUCCAUCAUGGAGGAAGUGCUCAUCCCGGAUCACAAGUACUCUCUGGACGAAAUCCACUGGGAGGUAUCCAAGCACCUUGGCCGGGUUUGGUUUCCGGACAUGAUGCCCACAUGGUAAAAGAAUGACUCGGGUGUGGCAGAGCCAGCGCCAGCCGGGCAGGGGUGGAAACUUAGCAAACUCCUGUGGAGUGAAGUGCAGGAAGAAUAACGCAGAUCCCAAGUCACAGAAACAUGACAGAUUCUGUGCCUGUUGUCUUGAAUAUGGAAAAAUGCUGAUGAAGCAAACAUCCAGCCACGGAACUCAUCAUCAGGCUUCUUCCCAAGAGGAAACCUUUUUAUAAAGAGUUCAGGAAAGUGAUGACUCAGCACAUAAUUAGUUGCACUACCACUUAAAUUGCAGGUCUGCAGCACAGUAUGGCAUUGAGGGGCAGUUUUACAAAUAAAGCCUAUUAUGCUUCUGCUUCAUGACGUCCCCGCCGAUGCCACCUUAUCUUUUUAUCUCUUUGUGGCGGUGGAGUGAGGGACUGUCAACUCUUCCGAAAAACGCCCGGGGUCGUAUUUUCGGGAGACUUAACACUGUGAGCAUCCACAAUUCUCAUCGACCAUUUAGCUUUUUAGCUUUGUCGCAAACAAGCAACGCCACUUAAUGACAAGUGUUAUUGGAUCUGGAACUAAUUGAUGCUUUAUAUCAAUCACUGUUAUUGGUAAUAUUGAUCGCAAAUAGAAGGUUUUUGCAAAGGUGGGCUGUAUGCCAUCUGAACGAGUCAUAUACGCACAGGAAAUGAUGUCCUAUAAGUGGACCAACCACAGCCUUUACGGCCUCCGGGUUAGAUUUUUUGUGAGGUUCAUGUCAAGCUACGCUGGAGGGUUUGGAGCCAGGGGAGUGGUCCUCAAUACGGGCAUAAUCCAGGCUUUAAGUGGAAGAGUGGAUCUUUAAUGUAAAAAAAGCUGACACCGUAAUGACAAACAUGGCCAUAGGAGAUGUAGGAAGUCAGAAAUGUGUAAAUAUACGCCCAUAUUUGUCAUGUGAAAGUGUACAGUGUUGCUCCUUGCCAUGGAGAUUUUCUUUGCUCGUUUUGAUGUUUUCUUUUUUUUCCUUGGCUUUCCAGGCGAAUGUCAUUUAAGUUUUUUUGUAGUAGAGGCAGCGUUUCCCUAAGCACUUUACGUGAAUACCAAAUGACGCUAAUUCCUCUAAAGCAUAUGAUCUGAUAAAUGUAUAGAAAUCUACAAUUUUCUGUGCGAGAUUGCUUAUAAUUAGCCAGGUUAUUGGCUAUUUGCUUUUGAUGCACAAGUUUCGCCCCGUGCUUUCGGGACGCUCGGGUGCAUUUGAAUUUCAUCUGUACAUUCUGCUUUUUGCAUCUUCCCGCCCGAAAGCUUUUCUAUCGCCAACAUCGCAGAUAACGGCUAGCAGUGCAAGUUCAGAUGAGGGGUUUUUGUUUUUUUUCCUUUUAAGAAGGAAAUCUCAAAUGUAUAAACACGCUGUGUUUGCUUGCAAUGAUAUAGAAAUGUACUUAUUUCUUUAUUUCACCCUGUCAGGAUUCAUUCACUUCACAACUUGUGCUUUUCUACAAAGUAAGAGCUCUCUAACUUGCUGAUGCCAAUUUCCCACCGCACAGUACCGGCUUGGCUUGAUGUGAAUGGAGGAAAAUGUGGACCUCAAUGGUUAAUUUUAUCGAAGAGGAGACUGAGAGUAGCUGCAGCCAAGUGGAGACUAUGGAGUAUAAUUCUGUAACGCUAAGGCAGCACAGUGACAGGAUAGGAUAACGUUAGCAUGUACGACCUGUGUCUGCUUUUGGCGAGGAGUAGGUACUAUGCGGUGGAAAAUAACCAUCUUUACCAUACUAGUUUAACUGUAACUUACUGAUCUUUUGGAAUUCAAAAACAGUUCAACAAACAUUUUUUUUGUGGGGAAAUUACUGUAUUUUGUUUUUAAAUACAUGAAGUCCUUUAAUGCAUCAUAUAAUCAACAGUGGAAUAUUAUAUUAUUUUUUAAGAACUAGGUGACCAAAGUGCUCCUGUUCCUGCACUGGCCUGUAAUAACUAAGGGGAGGUAUACAAAACACAAUUUUAAAUGAGCAGAAUUUAAUUGAAAAACUUUAUUUUUUAAUAUUUAAGUGUUUUGCUAACCUUCAGGACAAAACUGUUUAAGGAGUGGUAGACGGGCCUUUUAGCAAAUGACGUGAGUAAUACAGGUGAUGAAGUCUAACAGUAAUACAUCUUGAUAGUACAGUACAGUUUUGCAAAUAUGUCACUAAACGUCUCACAGAUCAAUCAAAAUUGCUUUGCUUUGGAGCAAAACCUGUGUUGACAUGACUCUUAAUGCUUUUUGUCUACUUUUGCUUUUACUGGUCACUUGGAAAAAAUUGGGGGGGGGGGGGGGUAGUGU